AUGGUUAGUCCAAAACCGGAGAGUAGGGAAACGGUGCCGUGCGAUUUCUGCAAUGAGCAAAUGGCGGUUCUCUACUGCCGAGCUGACUCCGCCAAACUCUGUUUAUUCUGCGAUCAGCGCGUGCACUCUGCGAACUUACUUUCCCGUAAGCACCUCCGCUCUCAAAUCUGCGAUAAUUGUAGCACUGAACCGGUUUCGGUUCGGUGCGCAACCGAUAAUUUGGUGCUUUGUCAAGAGUGUGAUUGGGACGGGCAUGCUAGUUGCUCUGCGUCGGCCGCACACGAUCGUACCCCUGUGGAAGGGUUUUCUGGUUGUCCGUCGGCCUUGGAGCUGGCUUCAGCUUGGGGAUUCGAUCUCGACGAGAAGAAACCGUCGGAUCGGAGCUGGAACAGGUGUUACGAAGAGUUGGUGGCGCCGUCUGUGCAAUCGUGGGUGUACAAAACGAACUUGCAAGAGAUGAUGGUACCGUACGAGAGUUUUAGCGGCGGAGAGAUGUUGAAGAAGCAGAAUCACGGGGGUGGGAAGUGCAAGCAGGUUAUUUUCAAGCAGCUUGUAGAGUUGAUGAAGAGAGAUUUCGUGGGCGGUGGAGGUGGGGAGAAUCUGGUGCCAAAUGUGGAAGCAAACGGCAGCUUUUUGGGUACACAAGAAGUUAUACAGCCGCAGCAGCAACAGCAAACGCAAACGACGUUUAGUUGUUUGCUUAGGAUGCAAACGCAAGAGAUAGAUCGCAUUAUGGAUGGAGGAGAUGCGUUGUGGAAUGGUAAUCCAAAUGGUCAGACUCCUCAGAUAUGGGAUUUUAAGCUAGGGCGGUUGAGGGGUGAGGAAGAGUGUAGCCAAGCCCAAUUGGAAGACGUUGGAUACGUUGGAAGUGAUGCUGGUUUCAUGAUUAACAAUUUCAGUGAGCCUUUGACUAAUGCCAAAUUGGUCGGAGAUAAGUACAGCAUCAGCUACCCUCCUUCACAAGACGAUAUGGCUUCAAUCAAUAACAAUUCUAGUAAUCCUGCAGCUAUUCUGGGACCAGCCACAUCUGAGAGCAACAACCUACCAACAGCAAAGCCAUCAUCAGGUUCAGCUUUUGGCAAACUCAAGGGCACUAGCAGUUCUAACAAUGUUCACUUAAUGGAACAAUCUUUCCUUGUGAGGUGUGACCAAACAAGGCUAGCAGCACCUAGCAAGGCUGAUCUCGAGUUGCUGGCGCAGAACAGAGGUAAUGCCAUGCAACGGUACAAAGAGAAGAAGAAAACACGAAGAUAUGAUAAACACAUACGCUAUGAAUCGAGGAAGGCAAGAGCUGAUACUAGGAAGCGAGUGAAAGGACGAUUUGUGAAGGCUACUGAAGCUGCUGAUGAUUAAAGCUGUACUUAGAGUGAUCUGCCUCGUUUGUUGUAUAUAUUUCUUAUUUGUAAUAGCAUUCCAUAUUUCUCGCAUUUUCUGAUUAUACUGGUUCCAUCAAAUUCAAAAUUUUAUCAUCUCCUCUUAACAACGCAAACAGGGGUGUUUUGAAUUAUGGUAGGGCAGAGGCAGGUGGAGGAUGUUUGGGCCUGUGGCUUUGUCUUCUUGAAGCGCUUUGAGGGCUGGCUGCAGUGAAGUUGCCUGAAGCAGAUUAUGGGCCUGAGACUUUGAUAUUCGGCCUGGAACUCAGGGUCAUGACUUGGUUUAUAUCUCCCCCCCACCACCACCACAAAAAAAAGGGCUUUUUUUUUAGGUCCAUUACUGGUUAAGUGUUUCAGUAUUAAGUAAUAGAGCUGAUUUAAACAAUAGGCAGUACAAGCUUAGCUAGAUAAACUUGUACCAUAUACUUUCUCAAGCUUAAGUGAAGCUUCAAAAUUUUUGUUUAAUGCUUCAGGUCUAGAGCAAUAAUCUUAAAACCGGAUUGCUCUGCGAAUAUGGUAGGCUUCAUAAUUUUCCAUCUUAAAAGUUUGGUUAGGUUUGAUUCAUCGAAAA